AUGCAGCGUACCUGGCAUCUCGGCAUGACUUGGGAUGAUCCUUUACCAAACAAUAUUCACGAUGAAUGGAUCGCGUUCGUUUCUGACCUACCGUCGUUAUUAAAUAUUCGGKUUCCGCGUUAUUUGAACUCAAGUCACGGCGCGCCGUGCUAUUUAAUUGGAUUUUGUGACGCCUCGAAACUCGGCUACGCGGCGGUCGUGUAUGUGCGUAUGGCUGACGUCGAUGUUAACGCGUCCGUAUUUUUAAUUGGUACGAAAACUAAAUUAGCGCCCAUAAAAUCAUUAACCAUCCCCCGAUUAGAAUUAAACGCCGCGUUGUUAUUGGCUCGUUGGUUAAGUCGCGUUCGCGACAUUUUGGCCCCGCAACUUAAUAUUGUCGGCAUAAAUGCGUGGUCAGAUUCCACGAUAGUGUUAUCAUGGUUAGGUGCCCCACACGAAGCAUUUAAAAUUUAUGUGUCGAAUCGAGUGCACCAAAUUCGCACUUUACUGCCGGACUGUCGAUGGCGGCAUGUUGACUCGGUCAAUAACCCCGCUGACUGCGCGUCGCGCGGCAUCAUGCCGGCUGCCUUAGCGCAGCACAAUUUGUAUUGGCACGGCCCACAACUAGCGUAUUGCGACCCAUCGGAAUGGGACGAUGCUCGUCCGCCGCUACCGUUAUGUGACCUGCCCGAACUUCGUCCAGUGUCCUGUGCCGCCCGUGUUGACGAAAUUGAAGUCGAAUGGUUUAAUCGUUUUUCUAGUUAUGACCGUAUGUUACGAGUAGUGGCGUAUAUGCGCCGGUUUAUUGCCGCCGGUAUUCGGCGAAUACGUCGACAACCGGACCAAAUCGCGCCCGCAUAUUUGCAAAAGUCGGAAUUAGAUAACGCCGCUCGCAUAUUAGAGGCUGAGUCCCAGCGCGUACAUUUCGCCGUGCUGUUACACGAGUUGUCGACAGGURAACAUGUUUCGUCCAAGCCGCUUGCUCGUUUAGCGCCCUUUAUCGAUCCGGACGGUGUUAUUCGCGUUGGCGGACGCCUGCGGCAUUCAUUAUUAACUUAUGACU